AUGGGACCUUAUUUAUCAACCCCUCGUACAGAAAAGCACACCCAGUUUGCUGAAAACUCUCGCCUGCGGUUUGCUUCAUCAGAUAUGCAGGGCUGGCGUAUGACAAUGGAAGAUGCCAAAAUUGUAAACUUAACCUUUGACACCUCUUCAGAAAUAUUUGGAGUUUACGAUGGUCAUGGCGGCUCAGAAGUUGCUGAAUUUGUAACUCGUCACUUAUGCCAAGAACUUCUCAAUAAUCCCAAUUACCACCAAGGAAAUAUAGAUAUAGCCUUACAAGAAACCUAUUUAAGGCUCGAUGAGCUUCAAAACACCCAAGAUGGUAUAAAAGAGCUUAUAAGGAUUUCCAAAAAAUUGCCUGAAGGCUCCCCAGUCAAUCCUGAUGAACUUAUAGUUCAAGCAGGCUGCACUGCAGUAACUGCAUUAAUUAAAGGUAACCAAUUAUACGUGGCAAAUGCUGGAGAUUCCCGAUGUGUCCUAUGCAGAGAUGGAGUCGCAGUUGAUCUUUCUAUAGAUCAUAAGCCUGACCUCCCUGAAGAAAAAAAUAGAAUUUAUAGAGCAGAUGGCAUGGUGGAGGAUGGCAGAGUUAUGGGAAAUUUAAAUUUAUCUCGGUCAAUUGGUGAUUUAGAAUAUAAAACAAAUUUAAGUAUCCCACAAAGAGAACAGAUGAUAUCAGCUUUUCCUGAUGUAAGAAAAGAAACGUUAGGACCCCGUGAUGAGUUUAUUGUGCUUGCCUGUGAUGGGGUAUGGGACAUGCUGACUUCUCAACAGUGUGUUAAUUUUAUUAGGGAAAGAAUUAAUGCUAAGCCGCUACAACAGAUCAUUGAAGAAUUAUUGGACAGAUGCCUUUCACCAAGCGUCGGGGCUAAUGCAGGACUAGGAUGUGAUAACAUGACUGCAAUUAUUGUCCAAUUUAAACAUCCAUUAAGUAUCAACACAAAUAAAAAGGUGAAUUAUCCGACCCAGCCUUCUCCCUUAAUCUCGGGAUUUUUUGGUUUAAGAGGCCCGGGCCCUGAAACUUUGUUUCAGGCGUAGGCUUUUUCUCUGUGGUCAAGACACCACGACAGGGUUUUUACCCCGUACCAUAGACAAGGAAAACAGAGUCCAUAAAACAGCUCAAAACUUAUGGGGACCAGAAGGAGAAUUCGAGGGCGCGUUUUCUAUCUCCCAUCCCCAAAUAGAUUAUGCCAGCAGCUAGAAGCUGUCCAAGGAAAUAUCUGGAUUCGCCCCCUAGAGAGAUGGCGGCAUAAGCACUUUUUGGUAACUUUGACAGAAAAGGACUUUAGUGCUGACUGAUGCCUAGGACGAGGAGUUCAAGUCGAAGAAGGCAGAGAGGUGCUGAAAUAAACCCCGAAAACCUAUUCUAAUUUAAACUAAUCUAAUUAAGUAAUCAAUAA